AUGGCGUUCACGUUUGCUGCGUUCUGCUAUAUUCUAGCUUUAAUUUUAACAGCGGUGCUAAUAUUUUUCGUCAUAUUUCAUAUCAUUGCUUUUGAUGAGCUCAAGACAGAUUAUAAAAAUCCUAUAGACCAGUGCAACAGCUUGAAUCCUUUGGUGAUUCCAGAAUAUGCCAUCCAUAUGUUUUUUACGCUGUUGUUCCUGAUAGCUCUGCAACUUGGUACAGUGCUGUUUAACCUGCCACUUAUCAUCUAUCACAUACGGAGGUACAUGAACCGCCCUGUGAUGAGUGGGAUGGGUCUCUAUGACCCCACUUCCAUCAUGAAUGCAGAUGAGCUGGGGAGGGCACAGAAAGAAGGAUGGGUCAAACUGGGCUUUUACCUCAUUUCAUUUUUCUACUACCUGUACAGCAUGAUCUACGUGCUUGUGUCAUCAUGA